AUGUCGUCCAGCUACCAGCUGCGCCUUCGCAAGAGGUCUCCAGUGCCAACUCCAUCCAAAAAGAAAGCUUCUUCCGCCGAAGCGGCCUCGUUGAACAAGGAUAUCGUCGUCAAACCCACUACCUCGAAUCCCAAGUCUAAGAGACUUGCUACUGUCACGCCUCCUGCCAAGAAGGUCGGUCUUCCAACAAAGGUGGCCACGGCACAUGUCAAAUGGAUCAGGUACAAGGCGGCACAAGCCGCCAAGGAUGCCAAGGCCGCCAAGAAAAAGGCUGCCGCGGAUGCCAAAGCAACGCCGCGACGCCGAAAUCCUCCAAGGCAAAAACUCGACGCCACCCAAGAAGAAAAUGAAAAAAGUCGGAGUAUGGUUUUGUCGAUUGCCGGUUGUACCCUUCUCCCGCCCAUGGACUAUGGCGACAAGAGCACCAAGACAUCUCCCGAUCAGACAUUUGCUUUCUUGCUCCAACGCAUUUCCGAUCGAAACUACGCCAUGAGGUCGGUUUGCGUCGACGGCGGUGGCAUUGUUUACACCAAGUUCCGGUGUCACAGGCGUUGGCGUCCCGUCUGGUUUCCGGAAACCAGCUUGAAUGAUCAUUCCGAUAAUGACAAGAUUGUCGACGGUAUCACGCUGAGCCUAGCUGAUGUCAGGGGAAUCGAAGACAAGGACUUUGCCAAGUUUUUGGAUGCUUGUCCCAAUCUUCAGUGGCUCUUUGUCGAGAUUGAAUAUAAGGUGCCCAAGCCAAAUUUUGGAAGGGAAUCAUGGAACGCCCUGGCGAAGCAACGCUCCCUCAAGGUGUUGUGGAUUGACGACGCUGGGGUACUGCGAAUCACUUCCUUUGUCCAAAAGAUUGUGCAUACGCUCUCUACUCAAGGCCAGCUCAAGCUUUGCAUGAUUACUCCAGGAAAGAGUCUAGAGACAAGGUGCGAGAGGACUUUGACAGAAUCCGAAAAGGCCAGGAAGAACGCCGAGAGGAACGCCGCCGAGGAGGCACUCAAAGAACCCGUUUUGCAUCUUCUCGACAUUUACUACUCACCCAUGCCAAUACAAGCGCUUGACAAGGAACUGUGCAGAGACAUCAAAGGGGCGAAACAUGAUGACAUCCAUUCAGCCCUGACCAGUCUACAGCAGGAAGGAAAGGUCCAAAUUUCGUUUGAAGGUGUUUAUCUCACAGACUACUAG